CGAAUGUGGGGCGGUAGAAAAAGGUAUUGGAGGAGGAGAAGGCGGGAGUUCCGUGAAAACUUUCGUCUUAUUGGUUCACGGGCGCCUUCUAAUUCUUAAUGGCUCGCCAGGCUAGUGCGGGCGGUUUGUAAAUUUUCACAAUUAGCCCCGCCCGUUCCCCAAGUAAGUGAGUCGGUAGGUCAAAGGCACGAGUGAGAAGUGACUUUUAGAGCAUCUCCCUGUGCCCAGUUGGUACUUAGCAUGGCUUCUUCCCAGCGCAAGGAUCCGGCUACAGCAGCGGCAGCAGCGGCCCGGGUCUUGGGGCUGGAAGCGGAAGUCAGGAGCCUGACUGAGGAGCUGAACCAGUGCCAGGCUGAUAAAGAAUUUGUGUGGUCUUUGUGGAAACGUCUUCAGGUCACAAAUCCAGAUCUUACGCAAGCAGUGAGUUUGGUUGUGGAAAGAGAAAAGCAGAAAGCUGAAGUCAAGGACAGGAAGGUUUUAGAGAUUUUGCAAGUUAAAGACAGUAAAAUACAGGAAUUGGAACAGAGAGCAUGUGAGCAACAAGAAGAAAUAAACAGCCUGAUGCAGAGAAAGAUUGCUAUCGAUGGGGAAAACAUGGCCUGGAAGGACGAACUCUGCAUCUUACAGCAGAAACUUAAAGAUAAAAUCCAGGAACUUAAGGACACUAAGGAGUGUGCAGUGAGAAAGGAUGAGCAAAGCAGACUGGUUAUAAAAAAUCUGGAGGAGGAAAAUGAGGGAUUAAGUACACGCUAUACUGACCUGCUAAAUGACCUGGAGAAACUGAGGAAGCGGGAGGCACAAUGGAGAAUAGAGAAAUCUGGCAUCGAUGCAAAAAUAAAGAAUUUGGAAGCUGAUUUAAAAGAGGCAAGAGAGCAAAUGGAAAUCUUACAGAGUAGAUGCAAUGAUCUGGCAUCUCAGCUGGGUGUUAAGCAGACUGAAUUAACACAAAAAGAUUUGGAUGUGACCAGAACAAGGAAGGAGUUGCAGGAGCUGCAGAAUCUCUACAAACAAAACACUGAACAUGCAGCACAGCAGGCAGAGCUGAUCCAGCAGCUUCAGGCUCUCAAUAUGGAUGCACAAAAAGUACUGAAAACUCAGGAAGAUGCUCACACAGCUGAAACAAUAUCAUAUCAGAAACUUUACAACGAAAUGACUAUAAGUUUUGAGAAACUCAGAGCAAAGGAAAUUCAGCUUCAGCAGAAUCAAGUUUCUCUCCAGAAUCAACUAGUUGAAAAAGAACGACAUGUCAGUCAGCUGGAAGAACAACUUCAAGCCCUUAGUUCUGUGUCUUCACACUCUCAUGAAAUUUGUCCAAAGCAGAGAAGAGAGGAAUUCCAACAGUAUUCUUUAAGGGAGCUGGAAUAUCUCAUAACAUCACAAAAGUCUGAAAUAAAGCUUUUACAAGAAAAAUUGAAAAGAGCAAAUCGUACACUAGCAGAUCAUAGCCUUUGCAGCAGAGAUUUCUUGGAUUGCAUCAAUGCUAGGACUGGGAAGAAAUACAAGGAACCACCUGUGAAACGUUCAAGGUCUCUGUCCCCAAAGAGCUUUUUGAAUGAGUCGGAGGAACUAAGGAAGCUUAAAAUAGCUGAAAGAAAGAUUGAAAACUUAGAAAAGACACUACAACUAAAGGAAUCACUUGUGGAUGAAAGUUCAGUGGGCAUAAUUCAAGAAAAUGAUGAGCUGAGACAAGCCCAUGAAAAGCGCAAAAAAAGGCUGCAGAUGUUACAGACCAACUACAGAGCAGUAAAAAAGCAAUUAAAGCAAUGGGAGGACGGCUAUAGCAAGCCUGGAAGCAGCCAAAGUGGAAAGGAGCGUUCAGAUCCACAGCAUCUCUGCCAAGAAGAUUCUGAUGCUGUGUGGAAUGAGCUGGCAUAUUUCAAAAAGGAACAAAAAAAGCUGUUGAUUGAAAAACUGAAUUUAGAGGAGGAAUUGGAUCAGAUGAAAGUACUUGCAUCUAGGGAUAAAGCCACGAUACAAGAACUGAAUAUAUGUCUGCAACAAGAAAGAGAAGAGCUGCUCUUUAGACUUGGUGAAGAGAAUGGGGUCAAGAACAGUACGCCAAAGAAGAAUGUGAAAGAAAUAUCAGCACAGACAUUAGAGAAGGUUUCACAACUGGAAAGGAGGCUGAAGUGUUUUGAGACAGAAUCCUGGAAGUUGAAGAAAGUUAAUAAAGGGUUAACUAAGGAUAAUCGAGAUCUGAAAGCAUUGCUUAAACAGUGCAGUGAUGACUUGGAGACCAAGAAGAAGGAGUUGGAGACAUUACUGCAAAAGAUCACAGAAAUAAAGAAGGGCAAAGAAGCUCUUCAGUUAAUGAUAAAUGGGCUGGAGAGAGAGAUUAGCACUCUGAAGAGGCAAAUGGCAGAAGUGAACUCACUGAGAAACGAAAAUGAGGAUCUGCUGAAUCAAGUGAAGCAACUGCAGAGUUCGCUGGACAGAGCAAGGGUAGUGGGGUCUGUGGCCACAGAGGAAGCAACCUGUGGGCAAUGUAGAUGCAAGAGUGCAAGUGCCAAAGUUAAGUUGAAAAGAGGGAAGAAAAAGAGUCUGGUGAAACAUCACCAGUCUCUACUCAGUCAGUCCAUCAAGGUUAUGAGUGGUGUAUUUGAGAACAUCAAUAAGGACGGCUGGGAGGAUAUGAGUGAAAGCAGUGACUCUGAAAUACCAGCUCCUGAAAACCUGGGGACCAAAACAGCAGAGCAUAUUGUACUGACAGACAAAAAUGUUCAGUAUGAACAAAACAAGAUGGGAGAUAAUGGAAUGCCUGCAAACACCAUGCAUUUAGAAGGGCAAAUCAGACUGCGUCAUAGAAAGCAAAACAAUAGUGCAGACACAGCUCCAUCCCAAAGGAAUAAGACACCAAAUUCAGCAACCAUCCCUAUUAAAGUCAACAGAGAGAAGAAGAGAGGGAUUGUGGUACAGAAACCUGGCUACUCCAUCUCACUUUGGGGACGGAUUACAUCCUUACAGCAGCAGUUAGCUAUUUCACAAAAUUCCAAGAAGACUGUAAUAGCAUCUCUCAAAAAGUACAAAGAAGCAAAUAAAAAAUUAACAUCUCAGCUGGAUAUGACCAAACAAAGACUCCAGGCCAGCAAGAAAACUGUUCAGACCCUGAUGUCCAACCUGAAUGAACUGCAGCGAGAAAAAUCAGAUUUGCAAGGAAAAUUGGACCACCUGACCCAAUCUACCAAACUGAGAGAGGGCCUGUGUCCUGUGACAUCUGGCCAUACUGGAACGACACCAGCAACUCCACUAAAGAAUGUUGAUUUGGAAAUGAAGCAGCUGCAGUGUAAACUGAAGAAUGCAAAUAAUGAAAUCACUAAACAUUCAUCAGUCAUUAAAUCUUUGAAAUAUGAAGUCCAAGGAAAAGAAGAACAGAUGCGGGAACUGCAGGAAAAGAUUUCUCGAAUGGAGAGAGACAUAAGUAUGAAAAGGCAUUUGAUAGAAGAUUGGAGACUGCGUAUGAAAGCAAAUCAAGAAAAGGAGAAAAGCUUUAAUGAAACAUUGCAUACUCUUGAAGAAAAGGUCAAGGCAUUGACUGAAGAUUGUUCAAACAAAAAAGCAUCAAUUGAUUCACUAAAGCAAAGGCUUAAUGUAGCUAUGAAAGAAAAGGCACAGUAUGAGCAGAUGUAUCGCAAAGCUAAAGAGGAGUUGGAGAAAAAGGAGAUUAAAGUUGCCAAUCUUGAAGGUAAAAUGGCUGAGGCAGAGUGUGCCAUGACCGAAAUUGAAACUACCGCCUCUCAACAACUCCAUGGCUUGGCAAGGCAAAGUGAACAGGCACUCGAAGCAGUGCAGAAGAGGUUGAUAAUGUCCAAUGAAAAAGUGGAAGAGUUCAUCACCUUUGUGAAGACUUUGGCGACUGAGCUGCAGCACAGUGUAAAAGAGAUGAGAACGCGAGUUAGAUGUACUAAAAAAAUGCUACAAGACAAAAAAUGCAGUGGCAGCCUUUCCAAAGAAUCUGUUCACCGUGCCCAGUACUUGGCAGCAUCUAUCCUUAAUAUUUCGAAGACCGACUUAGAUGACAUACUUGAUGUUGGAGAUGAUGAAGAAACAAAGCAGAUGAAACUGGAAUUUGAAAGUGAUAAAGAAUGGAUGUGCUACUUACAGAAGCUUCUUGAAGGACAGUUUCCCUUUGCUUCGUAUUUAAUGGAAGCAGUGCAGGAAAAACUAAAUGAGCAGAAGAAGCUGGCAGAAGAAUACAGUUCUCUCAUGAAACAAAUGAUCUAGGGGUGCUGCUGAGCCGACUUUUCAAAGAGAGGAAGGAAGAGGCCCUUCGGUGCACUGCGACCCUGUUCAUGAUACUGGCGUGAUGCAGCCCUCCCCAAUCUGGUGCCCUCAAGAUACCUUGAAAAACAGCUGGGGCAAAGCUGGGGGAAGCAGUGUAAGCAUUUGGCACAGGAAUUGCUUUCAAGCAGGUGGCUGUUUUUGCUUAUGAAUCCUACCUUUUAUGUCCAGAACACUAAUUGUGAGGGAUCAUGGGAGUUGUAGGCCAAAACAUCUGGUGACCCACAAAUUUGCAAUGCCUGUCUUAAAGCAUUGAAAAUGGAAAUGUCCCAUUAGAAAGGCUUAAGCAAGAAAGAAAAUGUGGACUUAGUUGUUUUAGAGGCUGUAUUAAAGAAGAACCACUUGUGUUCAACUCAUGACAAACCUCAGAAACUUAUUUUCAUGCACAACUACUGUUCAUUAUAAUGAGGUGAGCACAGAAGAAUGUGCUAGCAGGUUGUCAUCUGCGCACAAAUGCAGACAUGUUCAUCCUGUUGUCAUUCUUUCAGCUUUCUGGAACCUUACUUGUUGUCUGGCAGGGGAGGGAGGACAUUAUCAUUAAUAUGAUUUGCAAUUUUAACUUUAUAAUGCAAAAUAUUAUCAAAAAGAAAAGUGUGAAAUACAAGCAAUGGCUUAGCAUCCAUGAAGCAGCCAUGCACUUUUUAACUGUGAAAAAGUAAUAAGUAUGUGUUAUAUUUAAUGAUAUGUAAGAAAUAUGUCCCCCAAAUAAAGGAUGUUGAGUUUUUCUUUUCAGUGGGAAGGGCCCGAAA